AUCCGACCUUAUGGUCCCAGACAAACGCGCGCGCGCACGCAGAUGUGGAACCCGUGGAUCUGAUUGGACAGCGGAGGACGAGCCGUGACUCCAUCAACUUUCUUUUCUUUUUUUUUAACCUCAGUCGCUUCUUCACGGAUUUCAAACAUUUCCGACCGCCUCGACCUGUCGACGGAGAGACCGACGAGUCGUCCCCGACGGUGGCGAUUCUACAUCUGCAGCAUGCAGCCGCUUGAAGCGCAACCAGGAGUUUCUACCAAAAGCCAGCUGUUCAAUUCUUUGAGGGUCUAUCUGAACAACAAGAACAGACUGCAGCCCAUUAUUGGUCUGUUAAAACUACUCUCUAUCGUGCAUGUUGAACGUGUCCUGUGUAUGUUUAAAUACGUGUUGUUUUAUUUACCCUCAGGCCUUGACAGCAUUACAGAAUGCGUGAAGGCGAGUACGCAUCACGACGAAUUGCUGUACCUAUGUGAAGUGUGCGUGUGUCGACUGAGUAAAGCCGACAUGCGGAACCACAUUAUGGGAAGCCUCCACAGAUACAACUACAUUAAAGCCCGGCACCCCCACUUAGUGUCUGAAUGGGAGGAGAAGUCUGACCUUUCUAAACUGGCCUGGCCACUGAUGGACAUGGCCAGGGUACUCGAGGGGGAAGAGGGACCAGGACAGGUCCAGUGGUUAGAGGUUAAAGAUGCCUUAUACCAGAUGAUGGCAACACACAGUGAGAAUACGGCUGUCACUCUGAUAAGAAUCUUAAAAGAUGGGCGGGGCCGGAGUGAACCUGAGAGACGCUCAGGGCCCACUGCGCCCGAACCUGCCGGCUUUCUUGACGGCUACCCGGGAACCGAGCCUCUAAUCGGUCUUUUCCGCGUGGUUGAGUGUAGAAGUGAAGAAGGACACACAUACUGUUUCUUAUGUCACUGCUGCCGCAUCCGAUCCAACAAAAAGGACAUCAUUGAUCACCUAACCACAUCUUCCCAUCUUGUCAACUACUUGAUGGAAACUCAUCCCGAGAAAGUGGGGGUAAUGAUGGCAGAUAUCAAUCCCAAUUAUCCACUUCUCCAAUCACUGGCCAAGAAGGUGGAGCAACAGGAGGGCAGAGGAGAGCUGAAGGUGGUGAACGCACCAGGAUCCCUCUGUCGCCUCCUGACUGGCAAAAGUUACCACUGGUGUAUAAAGAUGCUAUUUAACGGAUGGGCACACACUGACAUCAGGAAGCGGAAAAUAGCUGUCGAAGGGCCGAGUGUGAGAGAGACUUCCGACGAGGUGAUGCUCCAAAAAAGUGCCGUGCUGGUGUCCCAAUGGCCCAAAACGUUGCCGGCUAAGAGGAAAACGAGGAAAGGGACGCACACUGUGUUCAAUGUGAGACUGCCUCUUACCACAGGCUCAAUGCUGCUGGCGAGGAACUCAUUCAACACGGACGGCCCCGCUGUGUCGUCUACGUACUCCCCCUCACCCGACUCGGAUAUCACCCCCCUUCCAGAGCCCCAGUGGGAGCGCUGUGACUUGGACUAUGACGUGGGAUCGUUUGACGCUGACCCCACCCAACACACCUCGCGACCUCAGAGUGACCUCCGCGGUGGAGACGCAGAUGCAGGGCAAUACAUGGGUCCAUUCCCUCCGUACGGGGGCGGGGGCGGGUUUCACGAGGACAAUGCGCACUCCAACCAGGCGGAGAACGUGGCUGUAACGAAACACCGAAAUGUUAAUUGGGAAGAUAAUCGCACCGGAAGACAUGGUUAUCGAGAAAGAUCAAGGCAGGAGUUUUACGACGAGCGUCAAAACAGAGGCCCGUGGACUGAGUGGCCGUACCCCGCUGUCCCCUACGUUCGGGUCUUGUCCCCUUGGAGCAUUUACUGCAGACGAGAGGGGAGACGCACUGAGCAGGGCUACAAUUCGACCUCACAGAGCAACAUCGGCACAACGGAUGUCAUUCAACGUUAUUGCGACCAACAACGUCCGUCCGCGACACACGGUCACGCAGGUUUUCCCUCGGGCAUUGCGGGACAGCGGGGUCCAUCUGGGGAAUCGGCUGCUCAUUCGGACGCUGCUUGGUUCGGCGUUCCUCCUUGGUCGGGAGAUCCGCUCGCUCGCGGUGGCGGCGGUGCACCGCGUCCUGCUGUGCGGUUUCUGGAGACGGAACAGCGAUUAUUCCCAACAUACGCGGGAGGUCACCAUUGGUCGUGAUUACCGGGAGGUCGGAUCGAGUGGACAACUUGCGUUUGUGUAUCCAAAGUUUAAUUCUGUUUUUGUUUGCCACAACCCACUAAGUCUGCUGCCGAAGGUUUCAUCCAGAAUCACUGGUCCCUGCCAGAGCCUCCUUUUCCAGUAGUAGAAAUAACCUUCAAAGCCUUGGAGGUCGUUAUGCAGCUUUGGCCCCUUUCAUUCUCAACGUUAUUAAGUAUUUUUUUGUGAAACCUUUCUUUCAUCAGAAUGUGAAAACGCGUGUGAAUGAGUACAACUGAAAUAGGCCUAGAUUGUGACAUAUUUACUCUGGUUUACUUGGCCAUUUAGGUUUUUCAGCAAAAGUGUAUCCAUCGGAAUUAAGGAUACUGAUGAUAGACAAUGUUUUAGUAUUCGUAUUAAUAUUGUGUAGGCUCAGAGCAACAACCGAUGCGUUCUAAAGGUUUUAAGAUCACACUGAGGUUAUGGUUUCUGAUUGUCAUUAAAUGAACAAGCACAGAUUCGACUGAAAAUAAGGCCUUUACUAAUAUCUACAUUUUUUUGUUUAUUUUGGACCGUUGUGUAAAUGCAACUGCAUUAUGUUCCCGCUGUGUGUCUGACUAACUUUUCAUUAAAGGUCUUGAUGACUUAG